UGGAAAGAAUGCUACUUAAUAAUAUCAUAUUAUUAGAUACAUAUGAAAUUUCAUUAAAUUUGAUUCUAUUAAAGAUUAUUUUUGUAUUUUGCAAAACAAAAAUAUAAUCAUAAAUAAUUCUCAUUGCCUUUGUUAAAGAGUAUUUAUAAUAGAAACGAUAAAAACGAUUUAUUUGCGUAAUUAUUAAUAAUGAAAGAUAUAACAAAAGUUUCAUUCUUUCCAUCUAAUGAUAAUUCUUAUAUCAUAGACAAACAAGCUAAUUAAUCGAGGUAUUUUAUAUUUUCAUAUCAAUUUAAAAAAAAUAUAUUACUUUUUAAAUUCUUUCCAUAUAAUUGCACAUCAAUACAAGAGAAUCAUCACUGAAUAUUGUAGAAGAUUAAUGAGUAUAUUUGUUAAUGUGAAUUGAUAAAUGUGGUCAUUAAAAAGAUAAAAUACAAAUAGAACAGUUUGAUUGUAUGGAGUGUAUCAUUGGGAUAAUGUAAAUUCAUACUGUUUCUCUUCAUAUGAAAAACAUGUUCCAUUUAAUAAAGCACAAGUUUCAUAGAGUGUGUAUUAAUUACACAAAAUCAGUAACAAGAACACUGAAUUUAUCAUCCACAAUACAGUUACCAGAUUAUGCAGAUGUUGUAAUAGUAGGUGGGGGUAGUGCAGGUUGUAAUGCACUUUAUCAUUUAGGGAAAUGUGGCAUUAAUGCUGUGCUAUUAGAUAAAUCAAAAUUAAUGUCUGGUACUACGUGGCACACUGCAGGUCUUACAUGGAGUAUACGAGGUCCAAGUGAUGUUGAAAUGGAAUUAUUAAAUACAACAAAAUGUAUUUUUAACUCCCUAGAAAAAGAAACUGGAAUAAAUCCGGGGUGGAUAAACAAUGGUGGACUUUACAUUGCACGUUCCAAUGAACGAUUAAAUGAAUAUAGAAGGCUAGUUACUGGUUCAAAAGCUUUUGGUAUUCAAGCACAUUUAAUUUCUUCUCAAGAAGCAAAAGAGUUAUUUCCCUUGUUAAAUGAGGACACUAUUCAGGGAGCAUUUUACUCUUCAGAGGAUGGAGUUAUUGACCCGACCAUGUUAAUUAAUGCUUUGACAAAGUCAGCAAAAAGUAAUGGUUGUCAGAUUAUUGAAGAUUGUCCUGUUACGAAGAUACUCACAAAGGAAACUAUUAAGAAUAAUAAAAAAGUUUAUGCUGUAGAGACUCCAUAUGGAAUCAUAAAAACAGAUGUUGUUCUCAAUGCUGCUGGAGUUUGGUCAAAGAGUGUAGCAAACAUGAUUAAUAUGAAUAUUCCUCUAACACCAAUUAAGCAUGCUUACAUUGUUACAGAACCCAUAAAAGGAUUGCAGAAUCUUCCAAAUAUAAAAGAUCCUGAUGCGAGUCUGUAUUAUCGAAUUCAGGGUAGCUCAAUAGCUAUAGGUGGUUAUGAACAGAAUCCUAUUGUAUUACCAUCUGCUCCAGAACAUUUUUCAUUCUGCCUCUAUGAAUUAGAUUGGAAUGUCUUCAAUGCACAUCUAGAAUCAAUGAUUCAAUUGAUUCCUAAAUUAUCAACAGUUGGAAUAAGAACUACAAUAUGCGGACCAGAAAGUUUUACUCCUGAUCAUAGACCAAUUAUGGGUGAAGAUCCAAAUUGUUCUGGAUUCUUCUACUCUUGUGGUUAUAAUAGUGCUGGAAUGAUGUUGGGAGGUGGAUGCGGAGAACAAAUUGCACAUUGGAUAAUUAAUGGUCGGCCAGAUAAAUACAUGUUUAACUAUGAUAUCAGAAGAUUUUUACCAGAACAAAGAAACAACAUGGUCUGGAUACAUGAGAGAUCUCAUGAAGCCUAUGCAAAAAAUUACAACAUUAUAUUUCCACAUGAUGAACCAUUAAGUGGAAGAAAUCUUAAAGUGGAUCCUUUUCACAGUUUACUUGUCGAAGAUGGUGCUAUUAUGGAGGAAUGUCAAGGUUGGGAACGUCCUGCAUGGUUCUCUCCAACUAACAAAGUAGAAAUUCUGUCAUAUGAUUAUGGUGGACAUUAUGGCACAGCAAAGAAUCAGAAUGAUUAUUAUCGUUCAAUAUUAGAAAAAGAAUAUAGCUUUAAUUUCUCACCGUAUAACGAGAUAAUUCGGAAAGAAGUUCUUGCUUGUCGUCAAAAUGUUGUUUUGUUUGACACAUCUCACCUUGGAAAAUUUUAUAUUUGUGGACCUGAUGCUCAAAAUACGGCAGAUUAUUUGUUCACGGCAAACACGAAUUGCAACUUUAAUAAAACAAUUUACACUUGUAUGCUGAAUCAUGCUGGAGGAGUUGAAACAGAUUGUACAGUUACAGUGUUGGAACCUGGCUCAAGUGGAAUUAUAAAUCCGAUAUUUAAAGAAAAAGCCUUUUAUAUUGUCUCAAAUGGUAUUUCAAUUUAUCAUACAUGGGCUCACAUGAAAAAAGCAAUAAUGGAAAAGGGCUUUGAUGUAUCUUUACAUGAUGUUUCUGAGCAAAUUGGUAUUUUAUCCGUGCAAGGACCUAAUAGUCGAAAAGUAAUUGAGACAUUGAUUGAAGAUGAAAUCCCAGAUGAAUCUUUUAAAUAUUCAACUACAAAACUGGUAAAGAUUAAAAACGAAACGAUACGUUUAAUUAGACUUAGUUUCGUUGGUGAACUUGGUUUCGAAUUACAUAUUCCAAAAUCAUUUUGCCGAAUAGUUUAUAAAACAUUAAUAAAUUGUGGUAAAUCAUAUAAUAUAAAACAUGCUGGUUAUCGAGCACUGCAUAGUCUCAGUUGUGAAAAAGGCUAUCUUCUUUGGGGUUUAGAUCUUAGAGCAGAUGAUAAUCCCAUUGAAGCUGGCCUUGAAUCUAUUUGUCGCAAUACUGGAGAGUACUUGGGAAAAACAGCUGUCGAUCGAUUGCGAAAAAUUGGUAUCAAAAAGAAAUUGGUGCAUAUUUAUUUAAACAGCACCAUUCCAUUAUGGGGAAUGGAACUUAUUUACAGAAAUAAAUGCCUUGUUGGUUAUUUACGUAGAGUAGAACAGGGAUACAGCAAUGGAAAUGUAAUUGGGCAUGGGUACAUUAAACAUCCAAACGGAGAAAAUGUAACAAAGGAAUUUCUAGAAAGUGCUAAUUACGAAAUUGAAGCUAUGGGGAAACGAUACACAGUAGAUCUUUGCUAAGGAAAUAUAUUUGAUCUUAUUAAUAAAUUAUUAUUUUAAUAUAAGCAAAAACAAUUUUCAAGUUCAAGAGAUCUUUAAAAAUUGAAAUAUUUGUGUUUUUCUAAUAUAUCUAUAUUUAUCCUGCUAAAGGAUUAGCAUGUAUAGUUACACUGUUUAUUCGAGUUUCUGUAAGCGGUCUGUAAUUUUUAGGAUUUACUGGUAAUUUUUCCAGUUGUUCAAGAGUUUCUAAACCAUCUAUUACCCUAAAAGUAAUAACAAAUAUAUUCAUUAAAUACAUCAAAUAUUAAUUUAUUAUUUAUGAUUUAAACACUAAAAUAAAU